AUGGUUCAGAUCGCGCACCCAGUCGUUGUGUCACUGGGCGACCUCAAGCAGGGCAACAUUCCCUUUGAGACGCUUGAGGAAGCUUUUGGGCCGGAAUCUUUAGGUAUCCUGGUAGUUAAAGAUACACCUCCCGAGUUCAGUCACUUGAGACACCAGACACUGUCAUAUGCUUCUUACCUGGGCAAUCUGCCCGAACAUGAACUUAAAAAGCUAGAGAAUGAAAAGGCCAAAUACCUAACAGGCUGGUCUUUAGGGAAAGAGACACUCAAGAACGGACAAGUUGACACGUUCAAGGGGUCAUACUAUGCCAACUGUGCGUUCUACGUCGAUGCCACACUUGACUGUGCCAAGCCAACCACCGAAUUCAACACGGAUAACUUCCCCGAGUACCUGUCGCCUAACGUAUGGCCGGCGCAGGACGUACUUCCGGGGUUUAAGCCUAGCCUCGAGAGCCUGUGCCGCGUCAUCAUCGACACCGCGGUCCUCGUUGCCCGGGCAUGCGACAGAUACGCAGAAUCCGAGAUACAGGCAUAUACCAAGGGUUACUUGGAGCACGUUGUCAGCACGUCCAACACGACGAAGGCGCGCUUGUUACACUAUUAUCCGCAGACCCAAGAAGCGCUCUCUAAAAUCGGUGCCGCCGACGAUGACUGGUGCAGCGUUCAUGUCGAUCACGGAUGUCUCACUGGUUUGACGUCGGCCAUGUUCAUCGACGAGAACGAGACGCCAGCUGCGGUACCAGAAAUCACAAACGACAAGUCUGCAAGCCUGCCACCGCUUGCCGAGCUAGCAACGUCACCCGACCCGGCUGCUGGGCUAUACAUCCACUCGAGAACGGGAGAGACAGUUCAAGUCAAGAUCCCGCGGGACUGCAUUGCAUUCCAGACGGGGGAGGCUCUCGAGCGCAUCACGGGCGGCAGGUUCAAGGCGGUUCCGCAUUUCGUGAGGGGCGUCAGAGCGUCAGUGAGCGACGGCCGAGUUGCGCGCAACACGUUAGCAGUUUUCACUCAGCCGAACCUCGGCGAGGAGGUCGACAUUGAGCAACACAUAACGUUCGGCGAAUUUGCGCGGGGCAUCGUGGCCAAAAACACCGUUUCUUAA